AUGGGACUGCGCGCGCUCUGCUAUAGCAGAGGUGACAAAGGCGACGGUAGCCCGGAUCCUCCAGCUCGACUGUUGACGCCAGCAGAGUCGGACCAGGAAAAGCCGAGUCAACCGACACCAAGCCCGCAGGCACCGAGCCAGCGCGAUCUGUGGAAAGAGGCAUAUGACAGCCUGGAUCUCUCCCAGCAGAAGCACCUUGGCUCAGAGGGUGUCCCUGCUACUGCGGCCAUCAAUCAAGUCGUCGAUGACACGACGGCCAAGUAUGAACAGUGGCAGAAGGGUGGUCUGAAGAUCCGUCGAAAGGAUGGAAAUGAUAUCAACCUGCGCGAUUGCUCCGAGAGAAUCCUGAAUGCAGCCUUGCAGGCCAGCGAUGUCAUCACGAAAGCUGUCUCUUUCGAUCCCACAGGCAAAGCAUCCACUGCUUGGAUGGUCAUCUCCUUUGGAAUGAGUAUUGUCCAAAACAGACUCGACCGUCGGGACGCUAUUUUCGCUGUCUCGGGGUACCUCGCCGAAACUCUUUCCUACUACACGUUGAUCGACGUCAACUACCGAAACCAGAAUGUCGGAGGUGAUAACAACCUCGACGAGGCCCUGCUUCGCGUUUACACGGCGAUACUCGAAUUCACGGUUGAGGUAAAGAGAGGGCGGGACGAGAAUGAAGCUAGAAACAGGUUCGGCUUCUUCAUAUGGGAACGCACUAACGGAAAACAGGCGACGGAGCAUCUUGCGAAGACAGACGCGGUCCUAGUGGGCGUGAAGAAUCUUGCAACAAAAGCGCUGACUGCCGAGGAAGAAGCCCAACUCAAUUGGAUGUCAGACGCCCCUUACUCGAAUCACCAAAGAGCUUUGCAAAAGAAAAAAGCCGAUGAUACUGGUGUUUGGCUACUGGAUUUACCCGAGUACAACAAUUGGAAGACGACUCCUGGAAGCCUUCUAUGGCUGCCGGGGAUUUCUGGCUGCGGAAAAUCUGUUCUCUGCUCUACUGUCAUCCAGGACAUCCAAGAGGACUGCUCACUGAAUCCAUCGAAGCUCCUUGGAUACUGGUAUUUCCAAUUCGGUAUCGAUGCAACUCAAAGCAUUGAUGCGAUGACCCGAUCGCUCAUCAGGCAAUUGAGUCGAUCACCCGUGGCGCCAGAGGUGACCAAAAUUUGGAAAGACCACCAUCUCAAGGGGAGCCAGCCUGAUACGAAUGCCGUCUCCGACGUUCUCGAUGAUCUCCUUUCCCAUUUGACCAGUGAUGUUUACUUAGUCCUCGAUGCGCUGGAUGAAUGCCCAGAAAACGAGGAAUCCAAGGAGAGAGCUCUGGUUCUUGACUUCCUCGAAAAGCUUCUUGAGCGACAGGGUAACGAGGCCCAGGUGCAUAUCCUGGUCACUAGUCGCCCAGAGCAAGACAUCAAGGAGAGACUUGAUCGAUUCUCAAAGAUUGACUUAGAAGCCCACCUGGCCGAGGAUGUGAAAACCUUUGUCAACUCAUCCCUUACAAAACGCCCCCUCAACAGAUGGGACGCGAGUAUUCAUCAGCUGAUCUGCGAUGAAUUGCUAAACUCCAAAGAACGACGUUUCCGAUGGGCAGAGUUGCAGAUCAUAGCACUUAAGAGAUGUCGUAAUGAAGAUCAGAUCAAGGACACCCUGAAAACAAUCCCUCAAACCCUGGAAGAGACUUAUCGCAAAGUCCUCGACAACAUUGACUCAAAAGAUGAGGAAUUGGCUCGUGAGAUUCUCAUGAUCAUCUGUCUCUCACCUGUGGUUUUCGACGCGAAGACAGUUGCAGAUAUGGUAAAAUUGCCUAUCCCAGGCAUCCUUGUCGAAAUCUGCACAACAUCGUUUAUCACUUUAUUCGAUGAAAACGUCCAGUUAGCCCAUUUCUCUGUGCCAGAGUUUUUGAUUGUCCUAGAAGAAGGGGGGCAUCACCACCCAUGCCAGUUUUCCGCUGCUAGUGGCCAUCGUUAUCUUACGGAGAAACCUGUGGAUAUUCUUCUUGAGCAGACGGAAGUCUUGACCCAAGCUACUGCAAAGAGCAAGGUUCCAUUCUUGUACGCGUCAAAGCACUGGCACACCCAUAUGACUGCUGCUGGAGGUUUCGAUCAGCUCUCACCAGAGCUACAGGCCAAGAUCAAUCUUCUAUUUACCGAACCCGAUGUUUACUUCAAUUGGGUACGGGCAGGCGAGAGUAACAGUCGAGACAAUGAGUGGAGUAAACUCUCCAAUGAGUGUCAGCCCCCAAUUCACAUGGCUUCCAUUAUGGGCCUGGCUCAAGCAGUGAACAGUCUGCUUGCCCAGGGUGCGGACCCUGAAAAACCAUACAACGUCGACCUUGACUACAAUUUCACAGGCGAUUCAUUCACCGUGGCUGCCAAUUGUGGGUGUUUUGAUGUUCUGCAAACGCUCCUGGAUAAAACCCCAACCAUAAAUCCUAGCGUGGUCGGAAUGAUUUUGUCUCACAUAGACCCUCUGAAACUUGGAAAAGUCCAGCUGGCAUCUAUUUUGCAAAAGCUAUGGGACCUCAACCUACUCCGCAACCAGUCCCCGGAUGCUGCCAAUGAAAUUGACGAGCAUUUGAUUUGGCGUGCGAUGGGUAAUAUGUACUCUGCAGUCGAUAUUAUGGAAGUUUUCAUAGAUUGGCAACAGAGCGGUUUGGUGCUGAUGCCGCAAAGCGUUUUCCUAAACGCAGCCUGCGAAAACAAGAAUGUGCUUGAACUUCUUCUCGAGCGCUGUCAGUUUCAGGUUUCACCAACCUUCCGAGAAGAGUUGAAGACCAAAUCGACCUUUGGUACGGCUUCUGGACUCGCUGUGCUGGCCAUCAAACGACCCGAUGAGUUUCCUGUGGACCAAGAACUUUUUGAAACAUUUGCACAAGGUCUUGGCCUGGACGAGAUGACUUCCAUAAUGCAGCUAAGAAAGUCGGAUGCUCUUGUUACGACGGAUAUACUGGAAAAAGCAGCUGGUAACAAAAACAUCUUCCCACUGCUUUGGCCCGAAAGGGAACCCAGCACAGUCAUCACCGAAUUAAUGAUAAUCAAUGCUGCAGCCAAUGAAUCCCAUUCGAAGGAAAUGUUAGGCUUCAUUAAAGAGCACAUGGAUCUGCAGAUGGGUUUGAGUGAGGAGACGAUUCACGAACUCUUGUCCACCACCUCCACAGAAGGGGUCGCUACUCUGGAUAUGCUCCUGAGCCUGCCAUCUUUGUCUUUUUCGGUGUCUGAAAGGAUAUUGGAGAUCAUAUCCUCACACAGAGAAUCGACGGAAAUGUUGACCCUUUUGGUGAGCAAGGGCUUUGAGAUCGCCAUCACAGAAGGUGUUGUAACGUCCGCAGCCUCAAACAAGUUCCAAGCUCCUGAGAUUGUCAAAUAUCUCAUGGGUCUUCACGGCAAGCCUCUUCCGGUCGCGGAAUCCACUGUUAUCGCAGGCGUCCAAAAUUCCAAGUUUGGCGCGGACGUUCUUGAAAUUCUCUCACAAAACACGCCACCCAGCCUAUUGACCGAUAAGGUUUUUGAAGGGGCAUGCCAAAACAAAGAUGCCCUGAUUACGCUCCUGAAAAGGCGCCGGGACAGCCUACCUAUUGGUCCGAUGUUAGUUCUUCUUGAGCACGAUCUUGUCAAUAUCGACGAGACUGUGGUUGAAACGCUGGCGAUUAACUUUUACCCCUUGAACGCUUUGUUAUCCUGGAAGCCCAACGUACCAAUCACCGAGAAGGCCCUUAUAGCCGGUGCAGCGGACGAGCGCUCAAUGCGGGUGAUGCUAGAAGCCGGAGCUCAUGAUGUACAUGUGUCAGAAGAUGUCUUGAUAGCUGCGACGCAAUCAUACGAAGCCAAGGACGUGAUAAACGUUAUACAACAUCGGUUUGGACCAAUCAACGUCACGGAGAACGUGAUGAGAGCGUGUAUCAAGAAAUGUGAUUUCCCAGUGAUGAAUUGGCUGGUUGAGCGGACGCCGGAGCCUGUGAUUGCAAAAUUUGUUUCGUGGGACACCUGGCAGGAUCCCGAUUUAUGGAGCUACAGAUCCAGAUGUGUCGUCCUGGUAGGAGGUAUUUUCAAGAAAACGGUUUCAAGAAUUUCCACCCUCAAGUCACUGGAUUUACCGUUUGAUCUCGACGAAGAGCGAAUCUCACGACUCAAGGAGUUAAUUUUCAAGAGAAGAGAAGAGCUGUCAGAGGUCCCUGCUACUGAUCUGGCCCCGCAGCUUCUUGUCGAACUGUGUUUCAAUGAAACAAUUGAGGAGCUCUGGGAGGAUCACCAAUUUGCAGUGACGGAUCGUUUGAUUGAAGCGACAGAGAGAAACAUGGUUGCGGACAAGGAGCAGCUGAAGUUGUUCCUGGAGCAAAAGAGAGGUUAG